GGACACUGCAGAAUUCUAAGCAGGUGCCUCCUCCAAGCCACUGACUUUUCAGCUGGGCUUGCUGCUGGUGCCUCCCCUGGGGUUACCUAAAUCAGGACAUUGGAGCUCCCUGGUCAGAACAAUGAUUAGACCUGGGCGACUGCUAAUCCUGGUGUUGGUGAUCGUGGCAACAAGUGCAACCACAUGUAAUCCAGGCGAGUGCUUGUCUGAUACUGGUCACUGCUGCCAGUGUUGCUCAGCUGGCGAGCAUGACACCAAACUCUGCCAGGAAAACCAUGGAGCUGCAGAGUGUGCAUCUUGUGAGUCUGGAAGAACCUUCAUGGCCCACCCCAACCUCCAGCCAUUAUGCUCUCCCUGCUCCGACUGCAGGAAGGAGGACCAGAAUCCAGUUUCAAACUGCUCCUUGACCUCUGACAGGGAGUGUCAAUGUGCAGAAAACUACUACUGCGACUCAGAAAAGUGUGUGGAACACUGCUUCCAGUGCAAGAGGUACAGCCAAGAAGGGGUUCUCCAACCGCCCCUCACUGCUUGCUUUUCUUUGGGUCACUCCAGCCUUAGUUUCCACAUCUGGAGUGUGAUGCUGGGAUCCCUGUCCUGGUGGAAUGCAAUGCCACAGCAAACACGGUCUGCGGGAUGGCUCAUUCAAAGAGCAGAAACUGGCCAAUGAUGAUUGUAUGCAUUCUACCUCUCCUGGUCUCAUCUGUUUUCUAAGAAAACAUGGAUUCUGAGAGCAUGUUGUUCUUCCAUAAAGAACUGUGGUUAGCAGCCCCUUGACAGAAGCAAGUGACAGCCCGAUGGCCACCAAAUCCCAAAGCCCUGAUUCACAGAGGGGCCAGCCACUUCCUUCUGGGAAGCUACGCUCAGCUUCUGCUUCACACACAGCUUCAUGAAUCACCCUGUCCAUAAACAUUUGUAGAAGUACUGACCCUGCCAAACAGUCCAGCAUCAUAGGUGUCUGAAAUCCUGGUGGAAGCCCACAUGCCUAUAAAUCCAGCAGCACUUGGACAGCAUCAAAGUAUACUCCCAGCACACGAUGCACCUGGGCCCUCUUGAACCAUGGCUGCAGUGGCCUGUGGAUGCCUUUCUGUUUUAUGAGAUCCCAGGCAAGCAAACUCCCCAUCCUCAAAAAGACUCUGCUCUGGAAAGUGUUUGAAAUAAAAUUGUAUUUCUAUA